CCGGAAGCAGCGUGGCUUCCGGUCGGGCCCGCGGAUUCCCGGCGGCUGAGGCGGCUCCCUCCCGCCCUCGAGUUUCUGAGACAAUGUUUUAUCACAUCUCCCUGGAGCACGAGAUCCUGCUGCACCCGCGCUACUUCGGGCCGAACCUGCUCAACACGGUCAAGCAGAAGCUGUUCACCGAGGUGGAGGGCACGUGCACGGGCAAGUAUGGCUUCGUGAUUGCCGUCACCACCAUCGACAACAUUGGGGCCGGGGUAAUCCAGCCUGGGCGAGGCUUUGUGCUGUAUCCUGUCAAGUAUAAAGCCAUCGUCUUCCGUCCCUUCAAGGGCGAGGUUGUAGAUGCUGUUGUCACCCAGGUCAAUAAGGUGGGACUCUUCACAGAGAUUGGACCCAUGUCUUGCUUCAUCUCUCGCCACUCCAUCCCCUCGGAGAUGGAAUUUGAUCCCAACUCUAACCCUCCAUGUUACAAAACAGUGGAUGAGGACAUCGUGAUUCAGCAGGACGAUGAGAUCCGCCUGAAGAUUGUGGGAACCCGGGUGGAUAAGAACGAUAUUUUUGCUAUUGGCUCCCUGAUGGACGACUACCUGGGGCUUGUAAGCUGAGUGGAGAGAUCCUUGUGCACAUUAAUUUUGGUCUUCAGCGAGGCGUGACAGGCCUGGGCCCUGCUGCUCUCUGGAAGCCACAGGGAAGAAGGUUCUUUGUCUCUGGGAGACUUCUGGCCUCUUCUGAUUCUUUUCAGAUGGGCAUUAACCUCUUGUAACUCAGAUAAGGGCUCUUGGUUCUCAGGGCAGCCUGGAGCCUGUUGCCCUGGAUGGAAAUGGGCAGUUAAUAAAUGUCACAUUCUGUCAAUUC